AUGAAGUUCAUCGCUCCCCUCGCUGCUUUCGCCAGCGUCGCCCUGGCCCAGAAUGCCCACAUCGCUUUUCCGCAUGGAGCCACGGCCACCGCGGGUGACGAGUACCUAAUCCAGAUUCAGCAGCCCGACUCCCUGACCAGCCUCAUGAAUUUCGGGAUUGCUAUCGGCAUUUCCUCCUGCGCCCAAAGCAAGUGCCUCCCCGCCAAAGAGGAAAUAGGCGACGUUCUCUACGCGGGCCCCUUCAAUCCCGAGUUCCACCAGACCGGCGGCCAUGGACCCUACCAGAACUUCACGGUCAAGAUCCCCAAGUACCUGGCUGCGGGCAAGGCGCAGAUUAACGUUGCCCAUGCCUAUCUCCUCGGGGCUUCGUUAUAUCCCGUUAUGAAUACUCUUAACGAGACUAUGCACAUCACCAAAUAG